AUGUAUCGUAAAAGCCUGCUUGUCCGUGGACCCUCGUGCUAUCAUCCUGCUGCUCUCAAAACUCAACCGAAGAACCUUCCAUCACAGGCACAGCCGGAGUUCAACUGGGUGAUCCGGGAUUGCCUGCUAUCGCUUCGGGAUGAAGGCUGGACGUGUCAGGUCCGCAGUGGUGACUUGGAGUACUGCUACAAGUACAAGGAUGAGACUCGACCGUACCACCCCAUCGCAGAGGCGCAUCGGAAGCUGGCAGAGCGGCUUAUGGCCUCACAGAGUGCAGGGGUCCUGGCUGUUGG